AUGGGCUACGACAUGGCAAUGCUGGUCCCCUUAGACCAGGCCUUCUAUGGCUUCAUUCCUGGUGCUGGCUCAACUCUGGUUGGCAGGGUGACCCUCCCCGUCACCUUCGGUACUUGGGACAACUACAGGACCGAGCACACCAACUUUAAGGUGGCCUCUUUCGAGACCUCCUACCACACAAUACUUGGGAGGCCCGCCCUCGCCAAGUUCAUGGCGGUACCCAACCACAUGUACCUCCUCAUGAAGAUGCCAGUGCCAAAAGGUGUCCUCUCCUUCUACGGAGACAUCCAGACGUCUCAUUCUUGCGAGAUGGAGAAUAUCAACCUCUCCUCGACCUUGGAAUGGUCCAAGAACAUGAUCCUCGUCGCUCAGGCGACAAAGGAUCUCCCUGAAGACCAGGCACAGAUCCCUACAAAGGAUUCGGUUGCUGAGUCUCAGCUGCAGCCAGAUCACCAGACUAAGGCCAUCAUCCUCAAGGAUGAUGAGCCUCACUAG